CACAGUCCCCACCAAAAUUCCCCCCACGACAAGCUUCCUGUGCACUCUUGUACGCUCUUCUGAAGUGCUUAGUCUCAUUUUUAUGACUAUCACGCAAGUCCAGUGAUAUUGACAAGACGCCCAUUGACACCAAUUGACCUCAAGUGCCACCCAGGGACGACGCCAUGGCUUCAACUGAUCCCCGACAACCCUCUCUCAUAUCGGCCACCCUCCCAGGCGAAACCACCCCCGAUGUCGCCGACGCCGAGAAGCAGUCUCCCAAGGCCCGCUCCUCGUGGCUCACAGAGCUCAAACGCGAUGUCAACCUGAACCACACCGACAUCCCCGUCAUCGCAUCCUGCUUCUCCUCCGGCCUCUGCGACAGCAGCGCCUUCAACGCCUGGAACACCUUCGUGAGCAUGCAAACCGGUAACACCAUCAUCCUCGCCCUCGGCGCCUCCGGCCAACCCGUCUCGCAGCCCUACAUCUGGCUCAAGUCCCUGACAGCCAUCGUUUUCUUCCUCGUCGGCUGCUACUUCUUCGCGCAGUCGCGACGCAUACAUCCCCACCGCCGAUUCACGCUCGCAGCCUCCUUCCUCGUCCAAGCGAUCCUGAUCUUCGUCGCCGCAGCGCUGGUACAGCGACACGUCGUGCCCUCGCCAGCUGGAUACCACGAGCUCGACCACGGGCGGGUAGCGUUUAUCGAAUUACUCCCCAUUGGCUUCUUGGCGUUCCAGAGCGGGGGACAGAUUGUGACGAGUCGGACGUUGGGGAUUAAUGAGGUGCCGACGACGGUGUUGACGAGUUUGUUCUGUGAUUUGAUGAGUGAUCCGCAUAUGCUGGCGAGGGAUAAUGUGAAGAGGAAUCGAAGGGUGGCGUCGGCGGUGACGCUGUUGAUGGGGGGCAUUAUUGGGGGGUGGUUGAGUAGGAGUAGUGUGGGGAUGUCGGCGGCGCUGUGGUUGGCGGGGGGGGUUAAGGUUGCGAUUGCGGUGGGGUGGGCGCUGUGGAAGGCGAAGGAUGAGGUUUCGGUUUGAGGGGAGGGUAUUUCGGUUUGAUAAAAAAGUCUUCCAGUUUGAUGAGAGAGAAUUCCGGGGUGAAGGGAGAAUAGAGCGAUAUAUCCAUACCCUUAAUUAUAGACGGCAUUAGACGAAUCGACCCUGGACGUUUUCUAUCUUCUAUCUUCUUCAUGGCUCUCGUCGUUUCUUUGCGUUCUGUGGGCAAGUGUCCCCUAUUCGAUGUUUAUUGUGUCGAUGGGUCCUUCAUGUCCUUCAUUGUAAUGGGUCCUUCAUGUUGAUGCUCAUCAAGUAGGUGAGUUUAUCCCACCGUGAGUUUCUUCUACCAAAAGUUCAAAAAAGCAAAUCUCACCUCAUCGGGAGUUCCUUCCAUCUAAAGUCAAAAAAGCAAAAGACUCGUCAGAUCUCGGGAUCUGAUGAGAGAGAAAAUCAACUUUGUGAUUUUACUUUUUGUCGUUAUGUUAUGUUGUCGUGUUGAUCGCUCGUUUCCAUAUUUCCUUUCCUCGCCGGGACUCGAAUCCAUAACCUCCCUUAUCCUCCGCUGGCCAGAUUGUCCAGACAGUGGUACUACCACUGCGCCACUG